AGAAGAGUUCAGGAAUCAGCCAAGCGACCGCCUUUCACGUUUACCAUUCACGUGAGAGGUGAGACCUCUCUCUCUCUAUCUCUCUCUCCCCGUCAAAUACAUAGAAAUUCCCUUCCGCGGAACAAUAAUAUUCUCUAAUUUAUACUCUCUCUCUCGGUGGUUUUUGUUGAUCCCAAGCGUCUCGGGUGGUGGCCAGUAGUCUUUCUGUUUUAGUCGCAGACUCUCGCGGCAGUACGAUAUAUAAUCAGCCAUAAGAUUUGGAGAUUUUAUAGAUAGAUGUAGCUAGCGCGCAUUCGGAAGCACAUAUUCGGAGGAAUUGGAGCUUUUAUAUUUAUAUAUAUAAAUAGUUAUAGAAGCAAGCAAGCAAGCAAUCUGGGGGCAAAACGAAGACGGAGAUGGCAAGAUUAAUGGUUCUGGAAGCAAUGUUCAACUCCAGUUGGCUUGCGACGAAUUUAAAGACUGUUCAACUUGAAGCAGGAUGGCAACAGGCAAGCUUACCCUGCUUAUGGGAUGAUGCUAGCAUACUUCUGCAACUGGGGUUCCUCGCAAUCUUUUUACUCCACUUUGUGUGGAAAACUGGCGAAGUAUUAUGCACACACAGAAAAAAGGUAACAGGUGUAGAAAAACACCACAUUGGCAUAAAAUUUGGUCUCACUUACAAAGUCAGCUUGGUUUGCUCCAUUUUACUGCUGGGAGCUCAUAUCAUGAUGCUGCCAAUGCUGCAAAAUAGAAGCGAGGCGCAUUGCAAAUCUAUAGCUCCAGUACUUUCAUCAGAGAUCAUUCAAGUUAUAAUAUGGGCAACUACAUUGCUUGCACUGUACAAGAUUCACCGUAGAAAUUUCAUCGAGUAUCCCUGGCCUCUUAGAACCUGGUGGGUUUGCAGCUUCUUGCUGUCCCUUGGCCGUGCAGCUCUUGACGCCUAUUUCAUUAUCGCAAACCACGGCCACCUUAGACUACAUAAUUUUGCUAGCUUUAUUAGUCUUCUGGCAUCAACCUUCCUAUUUGGUAUUUCAAUUCGAGGGAAGACGGGCAUUGUCUUACAUAUUCCAAAUGGCAUCACAGACCCACUUCUUGAUGGCAAAUCUGAGAAGCAUUCAGAAACCAAAAGGACCUGUCUAUAUGGAAAUGCUACCCUAUUUGAGCUCUUUAGCUUCUCUUGGCUGAAUCCUUUGUUUGCUGCUGGGUUCAAGAAGCCCCUUGAGCAGGAUGAAGUCCCUGAUGUUGACAUCAGGGAUUCUGCCCAGUUUCUAUCUUAUUCCUUUGAUGAAAGCCUAAAACAUGUGAAGGACAGAGAUGGAACCUCAAUCCCAUCUAUCUACAAAACAAUGUUUGUGUUUAUCAGGAAGAAGGCAGCAAUUAAUGCAUUUUUUGCAGUGAUGAGUGCAGGAGCAUCCUAUGUUGGCCCAUAUCUUAUUGAUGACUUCGUAAAUUUCCUGAAUGAAAGAAAAACCCAAAGCAUAGGUAGUGGCUACCUGAUUGCACUAGGCUUUCUGGGUGCCAAAAUAGUUGAGACAACGACCCAAAGACAAUGGAUCUUUGGGGCUCGCCAGCUAGGCCUUCGGCUGAGAGCUGCUCUUACAUCUCAAAUAUACAAAAAGGGCCUCCUUUUAUCAAGCCAAUCCCGCCAAAGCCGCACCAGUGGAGAGAUCAUGAACUACAUGAGCGUCGAUGUUCAAAGAAUCACAGAUUUCAUCUGGUACAUGAACACCAUCUGGCAGUUGCCUGUACAGAUUUCCUUGGCCAUCUUCAUUUUACACACAGAUUUAGGACUUGGGUCACUGGUGGCAUUAGCUGCAACUUUGACAGUGAUGGCUCUCAACAUACCAUUGACUAGACUUCAGAAAAGAUACCAGUCUAAUAUCAUGGAUGCCAAGGAUGAUAGGAUGAAAGCCACUUCUGAAGUUCUCCGGAACAUUAAGAUUCUCAAACUCCAAACAUGGGAUAACGAAUAUCUCCAAAGGCUAGAAAGCCUGAGAAGAACAGAAUAUAAUUGCAUAUGGAAGUCACUGAGGUUGCAAGCAGUAACAACUUUUAUCUUCUGGGCAACACCGACAUGUAUUUCUGCGGUGACUUUUGGGGCAUGCGUUUUGAUGGGCAUUCCACUCACAGCUGGAAGAGUCUUGUCUGCCUUGGCAACAUUCAGAAUGUUACAAGACCCUAUAUUCAGUUUACCUGAUUUACUCUCUUCAAUUGCACAGAGCAAAGUUUCUGCAGAUAGAAUAGCUUCGUACCUCCAAGAAGAUGAAAUUGAUUCAAAUACUGUUGAAUUUUCACCAAGAGAUCAAACAGAAUUUGAUGUUGAAAUUAAUGGUGGGAGGUUUAGCUGGGAUCUGGAAUCCAGAAGCCCGACUCUUGAUGGAAUACAAUUCCAAGUAAGGAGGGGAAUGAAGGUAGCAGUUUGUGGCACUGUAGGAUCAGGGAAAUCCAGUUUGCUCUCAUGCAUUUUAGGAGAGAUGACAAAGCUGUCGGGUACAGUGAAAAUCAGUGGUAAAAAGGCUUAUGUUCCUCAGUCAGCUUGGAUACUGUCAGGAAAUGUCAGAGAGAAUAUUCUUUUUGGGAAUCCUUAUGAUAGAGAGAGGUAUGAGAGAGCAGUGAAAGCAUGCGCUUUGAAAAAGGAUUUUGAGCUAUUUUCUGCUGGUGACCUAACAGAGAUUGGAGAAAGAGGAAUAAAUAUGAGUGGAGGCCAGAAGCAGAGAAUACAAAUUGCCCGUGCAGUGUAUCAGGAUGCUGAUAUAUAUCUUCUUGAUGACCCUUUCAGUGCUGUGGAUGCCCAAACUGGCACACAACUCUUUGAGGAGUGCUUGAUGGGGAUUCUCAAGCUGAAAACUAUUAUUUAUGUUACACACCAAGUCGAGUUUCUUCCAGCAGCUGACCUCAUUCUGGUAAUGCAAAAUGGAAGAAUCAUGCAAGCUGGGACAUUUGAAGAACUUCUGGUACAGAAUAUAGGAUUUGAAGUUCUGGUUGGAGCUCAUAGCCAAGCUCUAGAUGCUAUCCUAACAGUUGAAAGUUCAAGUAAAUCAUCUCAAAAUGAAAUACCAGAUGAUGAAGCCAGUGACAACCUUACAUCAAGCUCAGAACUCGCUUAUACCAAGCAAGAUUCAGAGCUGAACCUGUGUGUAGAAAAAACAGAAAAAGAAUCAAGAUUAGUGCAGGAUGAAGAGAGAGAGAAAGGAAGCAUAGGAAAAGAAGUUUAUUGGUCUUACUUGACCACUGUGAAGGGCGGUGCAUUAGUUCCAAUCAUUAUUCUGGCCCAGUCAACAUUCCAAGUAUUACAGAUCGCCAGUAAUUACUGGAUGGCAUGGGCUUGUCCUACCACAAGUGGUACUGAGCUAAUAGCAGGGAUGGAUUUUAUAUUACUAGUUUAUACACUUCUUGCUGUUGGUGGUUCACUUUGUGUGCUGGUCCGAUCCACACUAGUGGCGGUAGUUGGAAUUCUGACAUCACAAAAGCUCUUUAACAGCAUGCUGCGUAGUGUAAUACGGGCUCCAAUGGCAUUUUUUGAUUCAACUCCAACUGGAAGAAUCUUAAAUCGGGCCUCUACAGACCAAAGUGUGCUAGACUUGGAAAUGGCACACAGACUAGGUUGGUGUGCCUUCUCAGUAAUUCAGCUUCUGGGGACCAUUGCUGUAAUGUCACAGGUAGCUUGGGAAGUAUUUGUCAUAUUCAUUCCAGUAACUGCAAUCUGCAUCUGGUACCAACAAUAUUACAUACCAACUGCAAGAGAACUUGCCCGCUUAGCAGGGAUACAACUAGCUCCAGUCCUCCACCAUUUUGCUGAAUCACUCUCAGGAGCAGCAACAAUCCGUGCUUUUGACCAAAAAGACCGCUUCAUUGAUGCAAAUCUAGGCCUCAUUGACAACCACUCAAGGCCAUGGUUCCAUAAUGCGACAGCAAUAGAAUGGCUCUGUUUCAGAUUAAACCAGUUAUCCAAUUUCGUUUUUGCCUUUGCACUGGUUUUGCUCGUAACCCUUCCAGGAGGAAUUAUCAAUCCAAGCAUUGCAGGGUUAGCAGUAACAUAUGCAAUUAAUCUCAACGUUCUGCAAACUUCAGUUAUAUGGAAUUUAUGCAAUGCAGAAAAUAAAAUGAUAUCAGUUGAAAGAAUUUUUCAGUACUCAAGUAUUCCCAGUGAAGCACCUUUGGUGAUUGAAGAAUGCAGGCCACCAAACAAUUGGCCAGAAGUUGGAAUGAUUUGUUUUAGAAACUUACAGAUUCGUUAUGCUGAGCAUCUUCCAUCUGUAUUGAAAAACAUCACUUGCACAUUUCCCGGAAGGAAGAGAGUUGGCGUUGUAGGAAGGACAGGGAGUGGGAAAUCAACCCUCAUACAGGCCAUUUUUCGAAUUGUUGAACCAAGAGAGGGAAGCAUCAUUAUUGAUGGUGUUGAUAUUUCCAAGAUAGGCCUCCAUGACUUGAGAUCAAGACUAAGCAUUAUACCGCAAGACCCAAUCAUGUUUGAGGGUUCAGUUAGAGGAAACCUUGACCCGUUAAAUCAAUAUUCAGACAAUGAAAUAUGGGAGGUUCUUGACAAAUGUCAACUUGGUGGUCUAGUGCGUGACAAGGAAGAGAAGCUAGAUUCUACAGUAGUUGAAAAUGGAGAAAACUGGAGUGUGGGCCAGAGGCAGCUAAUCUGCCUAGGAAGGGCUUUGCUAAAGAGAAGCAACAUUCUAGUUCUAGACGAAGCAACGGCAUCAGUUGACUCGGCAACUGAUAGAGUGAUGCAGAAUAUUAUUGGCCAAGAGUUCAAAGACCGAACAAUCGUCACAAUAGCUCACAGAAUCCACACUAUUAUUGACAGUGAUCUUGUAUUAGUCCUUCAUGAAGGAAGAAUAGCAGAGUUCGACACACCAGUGAAGCUACUGGAACGAGAAGAUUCUUUCUUCUCAAGAGUGAUAAAGGAGUACUCAACGAGAUCGCAAAGUUUCAACAACUUAGCAAAGUCACAUAACUGAAACAGCUUCCCAGUCAUCCCAUGGAAACUGCACUACCAAUGAUCCCUCGGCUGCAGCAAGCGAAACCAAUCAAUCUAUAUACAGAGAGAGGAUCCACAUACAAGCAAAAGCCUAUAAAUCAUUGUUCUACUGAUUUAGCAUCUCCAAGGCUUCCACGCUGAUGACAAUGAGAUUUUGUUGGAGGCUUUAUGCAACUUAUGUGGCGAUGAGCCAAGAACAGAAUCUGUUUUGCUAGAGAGUUGAGAUGUGCAGGCCAAUUGUUUGACUUUAAUACUAGCAGAUCUUUCUAUAGCAAUAACAGAAAUAUCUGUUCAGAAAGCAGAUUUCCUUUGUAAUGUUGUCCAGAUUCAGAAAGAUCAAAAUUUCAACCAGGAUAUGGAAUUUUCGAAA